UGUCUUGUGGAUGCUGAGAUUUGAGACGAAGUUCUCCAAUGGCUUCUUUUCACAUCCGCCAGUUCCAGGAGAGAGACUACGAAAAAGUCGUGGAUUUGUUCUCCAGGGGCUUGAAGGAGCACAUCCCUGCCUCCUUCCGCCACCUGCUGACACUGCCCAGAACCCUCCUGGUCUUAGCUGGGGUGCCUCUUGCCAUAGUCCUGCUGUCUGACUCCUGGCUCCUGGCUGUUAUAUGCAUCUUCUUCAUGCUUCUACUCUUUUGGUUCCUUGUCAGUAAUGCCUGGAACAAGUAUGUGUCCAACAGUUUGCACACAGACAUGGCUGACAUCCCCAAGUUCUACCUGAAUGCACGUGGUUCCUGCUUCUGGGUGGCUGAGUCUGGGGGAGAGGUGGUGGGCAUCGUGGGUGGUCUGCCAGUCAAGGAUCCCCCAUUAGGGAGGAAGCAGCUGCAGCUCUUUCGCCUGUCUGUGUCCUCACAGCAUCGUGGACAGGGGAUAGCGAAAGCACUGGUCAGAACUGUCCUCCAGUUUGCACGGGACCAGGGUUACAGUGAUGUUGUCCUUGAGACAGGUGCCAUCCAGCAAGGUGCUGUGACCCUUUACUACAGCAUGGGCUUCCAGAAGACACGUGAAUUUUUUAUGGACACACUUAUGUGGCUCCUGGAUCUCUCUGUAAUUUGUUUCACAUACUCAUUGCCUUCUGUUCCCAAACAUGAGCUGUGACCUUCUUCCUCUGUGUGUCUGUCAGUCCAGCUCACUGUGCUGUGGAAAAAACAGCCCUGAUAUUGCAGUGGACAAAUCACAAAAUUCCUUUGUCAGUUUCAUUGUA